AUCCAUGUUAUUUUCCCUUCUCUCGACGCUUCACUCUCCAGUCCAGAUGGUGGCGGUAAUUCACAUGCGUGUGUUUGCCAACCACCAUUAAACCUCAGAGGUAGAAGAUUAGUUUCAGAAUGAUCUCUGGUGUUGUGUUGUGGUACUGGCAUAAUAUAAAGUAGAAGUGUACUAUUAGUAGAUAGAAAAAUACAUCUUGAAUCAAAUCAAUAAAUACCUGUAAUAUUCCCAUCCUCACAGACAGUAGUAAGGUUUAAAGCGAGCAGGAAUAUCAGGAGGAGCAUCAACUGAACUGAGAUCUGCUGCUGUGAAGAUGGUGUUUGUUAAAGAGGAGAGUGAGGAGGACAUGAGUGAACCAGAACCCUGGAGAAUAAAACACGAGGAACAAGGAGGUCUGGUGAAAGUGAAAGAGGAAAGAGAAGAUCUGAAUGAAGUGGAGGAGAAAUAUCAGCUUCAGAAAGAUCAUGAUGACACCGCUGAAGAAAAACCACUGAGUUGCUCCAAAACUGAAAACAGUUGCUCACAAAGCAGCAUUCAAAUAACAGAAGUCACAAGACCUUUCACCUGCUCUCAGUGUGGAAAGACUUUUAAACAAAAAGGAAGCCUUACGACUCACAUGUUACAUCAUUCUGGAAAAAGGCCUUUUACCUGUUCUCAGUGUGGAAAGAGUUUUACACAGAAAGGACACCUCAAUGAUCAUUUGGUAACUCACACUUCAGAAAAGCCUUUCACCUGCUCUCAGUGUGGAAAUACUUUUAAACAUAAAAAAAGCCUUAAAAAUCACAUGAUUAUUCAUAUUGGAAAGAGGCCUUUUACAUGCUCUCAGUGUGAAAAGACUUUUAAACAUAAAGGAAGCCUUAAGACUCACAUGAUAAUUCACACAGGAAAAAAUCCUUUUACCUGCUCCAAGUGUGGCAAGAGUUUUACACAGAAAGGACACCUUAAUGAUCAUUUGGUAACUCACACUUCAGAAAAGCCUUUUACCUGUCCUCAGUGUGAAAAGACUUUCACACGUAAAGGAAGCCUGAAGAAUCACAUGUUAAUUCAUAUUGGAAAUAGGCCUUUUACAUGCUCUCAGUGUGAAAAGAGUUUUACGUGUAAAGGACACCUCAAGAAUCACAUGCUAACUCAUGCUGAAAUAAAGCCUUUCAUCUGUUCUCUGUGUGGAAAGAGAUUUACAUGUAAAGGACAAUUUAAUGAUCAUUUGGUAAUUCACACUUCAGAAAAGCCUUUCAACUGCCCUCAGUGUGGAAACACUUUCACACGUAAAGAAAACCUUAAGAAGCACAUGUUAAUUCAUACCGGAAUAAAGCCUUUCACCUGCUCUCAGUGUGGAAAGAGUUUUACACAGAAAGGACACCUUAAGGAUCAUUUGUUAACUCACAAUUCAGAAAAGCCUUUCACCUGCUCUCAGUGUGGAAAUACUUUCACACGUAAAGGAAACCUUAAGAAUCACAUGUUAAUUCAUGCUGGAAUAAAGCCUUUCAGCUGCUGUCAAUGUGGCAAGAGUUUUACACAGAAAGCUCACCUUGAGUAUCAUUUGUUAAUUCACACUUCAGAAAAGCCUUUUACCUGCUCUUAGUGUGGAAAAACAUUCACAUCUAAAAGAAGCAUUUCACCUUCUCUCAAUGUGGAAUGACAUGAGAAUUCACACUGAAGAGAUGUCUUACACACGUCAUCUGUGUGAGAAGAGAGGAUCUCAUCUGCACUAUUCUCACUCUGCAGUAAGACCAUUUAAAGGAGCAGUAAGCAAUUUCUGAUAAACUGUUGAAUGUGGUUCGGACCAAAUGCCACAGUUUAUUUUCUUUUAUUAAUUUUUUUAUAUAGAUUAUGAAAAAAUAAUUCUAUAAUUCAAAUGAUAAACUUUCGUGACUCACUGUGAGUGCCAAGCGACGGUGUGUAAAUCUUACAGGCAAUGAAAUUAAAUCUGUGCUAAACUUA